AAACAUACAAACUUAUCCUAAUUAAUAAACUACAAGUAAUUAAUAUUAAUAUGGCCCUCACGAAAAUUCUAUUAAUUUUCUCUCUUCUUGUUUCCCUCAGUUCGGCAUUCAGCACUAAUAUCCUUGAUUUUUGUGUCGCAGAUUAUAAUUUUCCUGUAACACCCGCAGGAUAUCCUUGUAAAAAUCCUGCUAACCUUACAGUGGAUGACUUUGUUUUCUCUGGUUUGGGUGUCCCCGGCAAUACAUCGAACGUAUUUAAACUUGGCGUAAAUCUAGCAUUUGAUUUCUCAUUCCCAGCUUUAAAUGGCCUAGGAAUAGGCAUAGGGAGGUUAGAUAUCGGUGUAGGUGGAGUUGUUCCAUUACAUUCACAUAGAGCGACUGAAAUAUUAUUAUUGAUGGAAGGCUCAAUAUUAACUGGUUUUAUUGGAUCAGAUAACACUGCAUACUAUAAAACAUUAAACAAAGGUGAUAUAAUGGUAUUCCCUGCUAGUUUGCUACAUUUUCAGGUAAAUGUGGGAAGUGUUCCUGCAGUUGCUUUUUCAAGUUUAAACAGUGCGAAUCCUGGGUUCGAAAAUGUUGUAACUUCUUUAGGAGGAAAUGAUCUUCCCACUGAAGUUAUUAAAAGGAUGAGUUUGUUAGAUGCUUCUCAAAUCCGCAAAUUGAAGAAACUCUUUGGUGGCUCUAAUUAAUGCAUUCACUUAUGUUGGGUAUUAAUAUUUAUACAUGCAAUUUAUUUUACGUACAAUUGAUGAAUUAAUUAAUAAAUAAGUACAUCGAUGAAUGAUUGUGCCUUUGUGAAAAAGAAUAAUUAGCAUGCAUUUUGUGUUGGGAAUUUUUAUUUACAGGUACUUUCUGCAACUGGAACCCAAAAAAAUAUGUACUGUGUAAUGUGUUUGGGAAUAUUUACAAGGGUAUUUUAUUAGGAAAAACUUAUUGUCACAUUUUUCGAAAACAUAUGAUAGUUGUCUUUUUUUAUUUCAACGUUUAAUUAUUCACAAAUUCUUCAAAGAUUUCUUUAACAUAUGAUAGUUGUCUUUUUUUAAUUCAAGGUUUCAUUAUUCACAAAUUCUCCAAAGAGACGGUCUCUUUGAGAGACGUGUCCCUUUGAACCGGCACAUCUUAUUAUAAAAAAUACAUUAAACGUUUAAAAAAACACGCGCUUCUCUUUCCUGCCUUUUUCUUUAGCAAAUUUUCAUCCUUCAUUUUUAUUAAAAGGAAAUUAAAGUCAUUUAAUGCCUUCGACAGAGAGAGGAUCGCAGGAGUGAAAUUAUAACAGUAAAAAACAUACGUUAAGAUAAGUUGACUAGGGUUAAGAUUGAGAAUAAGCAUAAGUUUUGAAGCUUCUGCAUUGACAUUUAUUUCAUCUAUAAUUUCCUCCAUUGGUAGAUAUAUAGCAGGCAUUUGAACUAGCACAACAACAUAACACAGAGUUUUUAGACUCUUAUUUACAUAUUUUUUCG